CCCUUCCUUCUCAUCAUAUCACAGGUAAAUAAACAUACAACAAUCCAUCCAUCCAUAUCGUUAUCAAUCUAACCAUUAUAUACGUAUCGCAUGAAAUAAUCAUAGUAUGCCUCCUAAAUUCGAUCCUAACGAAGUCAAGAUCAUCUAUCUCCGUGCCACUGGUGGUGAAGUUGGUGCCUCCUCUGCUCUUGCCCCCAAGAUCGGUCCUCUUGGUUUAUCCCCCAAGAAAGUUGGUGAAGAUAUUGCCAAGGGCACCAAGGACUGGAAGGGUCUCCGUGUUACUGUUCAAUUGACCAUUCAAAAUCGUCAAGCUCAAGUUUCUGUUGUCCCCUCUGCUUCUUCUUUGGUCAUCAAGGCUCUUAAGGAACCUGUCCGUGACCGUAAGAAGGAAAAGAACAUCAAGCACAGCGGUAACAUUUCUUUAGAUGAUGUGAUCGAAAUUGCCCGUACCAUGCGUUUCAAGUCCUUGGCUCGUGAAUUGUCUGGUACUGUCAAGGAAAUCUUGGGUACUGCUUUCUCUGUUGGUUGUACUGUUGAUGGUCAAAACCCUAAGGACCUUUGUGCCGCUAUUGAUGCUGGUGAAGUUGAAAUUCCUGAAAAAUAAUCAACUCCUCAACUCACAUUACCAAAAGCAGCAUUAUACACUUCAUGGUAUAAGAGCAGCAAAUCAAAUAACCAACGCACCUCAAAUUUGCAACCCUUUGUUUCAUUUGUUUCUACAAUUAAAUAUAUUCUGUUUCUUUUUGAUGUAAAAUAAACGUAAAAAAAAAGAAAUCAGGCUUUUUAGGCAUGCACACGAUAUUGUGAACAGGAGACCUGAAAAUAACGAAAUCUGCACUGACAAUGACGACGACGAAAUUUAAAGUUUUUUAGUUUUUCUUUUCAAAGUUCAUUGGAUGACACUAGAUCAUGAUUGAUAAAAAUGGGG